ACAUUUUUUUCCCCCCAGUUUUUUCAAUGGAAUAUAACAUUGAAGAUUUGUUGCAAGCUUAUAGCUUGACGAAAUUUAAAAUAUUCUAGUGAAAUGCUACUAACCUAGUCAUAGUAGACUGAAAACUUGAGGAAUUCACUACAUACAGCAUGGGAAAUAAACUUUCUUGCUGUACUUGUGGUAGUCCUCGAGUAGAUAGAAGAGCAGAAGACAGUUACUUACCAGAAGCAGAAGUACAUCAAGAUGAGAGCAUUUCAAAUUUACAGCAUAUUAGUGAAAGAGAACCAGAGGAUAUUGAAACUGAUCCCUCCACACAUCCAACUGCAGGACCAUUAUUUAUGCAGAGAUCAAAAAGUGAUGUUAGAAGUAAGUUAUUUUAAUUUUAGAAAUUUUUUCUUAUUUUAUCAAAAUAAUUAUUUAAAUCAGACCUGGCCCACUAGUGGCCUAUCUGUUCUUUCUUGAAGCCUGCUGAUGAUUCUUAAUUGCAUUAUAUUUAAUUAAUAUUCAGAAAGGUAAUGUUUGUUUUACUUGAUUAAAAUAGGUACAUCACCAUCAAAAGUUUCAAUAAACUGUCUAGAUUUGAACACACAACCACAUGUACAAAGUUUUAAAUGUAAUUAUUGCCACAAGAAUAACGUUACUUGUAGCAACCCACUUUGUUGUGAAGCAUCUUAAGGUUGCCAGUACAGAGUUUCUGACAAGGAACAAUAUAUAAAGAGUGCAUGCACAAUCUGGUAGAUUCAGAUGCUUUUUUUCCUUCUCAGUAAAUGUGGCUUGCAGAAUGAUUUUGAUUUUCCAGGCCUGAUUUAAACAUC